CUUGUGACUACUCCCCCAAUAUUACCACAAUUAAGAGAGAAAGGGGACGAAAGAAGAAGACGGUAGAAAAGAAGCUAAAGUGGACUGAAGUAGUGAAAGAACGAGAAACUGAGUUUCUACUUUAAGAGUCACCUUAAGGAACGCGCGAAAAGACAUGAGAUUUGCCUAGAUUCUGGCAGUUUUACCAACUGAGGAGGACGCCAUUUGACUCGUCACCUUUGUUGAGAAGAAACGGGCGAGUUUAAUUCAAUAGGUGGACUGACACCUCGAGUAUCAUGGGUUCCGAAAGGCGCCGCUCAACCACGGUGGCAGCUUUAUUCCACAUGGGCUGCUCGCUUUUCAUCACAUGCCUUUUUCCUUGGACCGUCGCGUUCAACUUAGAUGUAGAAAACCCGUCGAUAUAUACCGGCCCCGCAGGCAGCUAUUUUGGCUAUUCUGUGGACUUUUAUAUGGCACAGUCGACACGAGAUGCAAGUAUCAUAGUUGGAGCACCAAAAGCUAACACCAGCCAGCCGGACAUCAAAGAGGGAGGCUCGGUGUUCUACUGCCCAUGGAGCCGUAACCUGUCUGACUGCCACAGCAUAGAGUUUGACCGAAAAGGAGAUCUUAAUGUGAGCAUCAAUAAUGUUGAAACCCAAGCUGAGUUCAAGUCCCACCAGUGGUUUGGAGCAACUGUACGUGCCCAUGAAGACUCUGUCUUGGCUUGUGCACCUCUCUACUCCUGGAGAACCCAACAGGACAUGCCUGAGUCAGAUGUCACCGGUUCCUGCUACCUGUCCAUUAAAAACUUCACCAAAUUUGUGGAGUAUGCUCCCUGCCGCACAGAAUUUCAUGGAAUGAAGGGCCAAGGUUACUGUCAAGGUGGAUUCAGUGCUGAUUUCACCAAGGAUGGAAAGGUAGUACUUGGAGGACCAGGCAGCUAUUUUUGGCAAGGACAGCUUAUCUCUGCUGUGAAGGAGGAAAUCAUCAAGGCCUACUACCCAGGCUAUUUCCUCACAUCAGUGGCAGGCCAGAUUCAGACCAAGCAGAAAAAAGAGAUCAACUUUGAUGACAGCUACAUGGGUUACUCUGUUGCAGUAGGAGAAUUUAAUGGAGAUGAUGAUGAAGACUUUGUAACAGGAGUUCCCAGAGGUGACCUUCUGUAUGGCCAGGUGUCUAUUCUUAAUGGCUCUUUGGAGACCAUGAAAACCUUUAUUGGUGAACAGAUGGGCUCCUACUUUGGCUAUGCUGUAGCUGCUACAGACAUCAACAAUGAUGGACUUACAGAUUUGUUGGUUGGUGCUCCCAUGUUCAUGGUGCGUGACUCAGAUGGGAGGUUGGAGGAAUUAGGGCGAGUGUAUGUGUAUCUACAGAUGGGUCCACUGGAGCUUGCACCACAUCUACCUCACCUCACCGGCACGCAAAUUUUCAGUCGGUUCGGCAGCUCGAUCACACCUCUAGGAGAUCUCAACCAGGAUGGCUUUAACGACAUUGCUAUCAGUAGUCCAUUUGGUGGGAAAGAUGAACAAGGAUUGGUCUUCAUCUAUAAUGGUUAUGCUAAGGGACUCAGGGAGAAGCCCUCUCAAGUGAUUUCUGGUCAGUGGUCAUCAGCUGCCCCUCCUGCACCUCCUGCCAGUUUUGGCUAUACCAUGAAAGGAGGAAAAGACUUGGAUCACAAUGGCUACCCAGAUCUCAUCGUUGGAGCUUUUGGAGCUGACAAGGCAGUUCUUUACAGAUCUCGCCCAAUUGUUAACACAAGUGCCACCUUAAUUGUGUAUCCAACAAUGAUUAAUCCUGAGGAGAAGACCUGCACCAUCAGCAGUGGAAACCAAACCACACAAGUUUCUUGUGUCAACUUGAGCUUCUGCCUUUCAGCCAAUGGGAAGCACCUUCCAGAAAAUCUAGUGUUUAAUGUGGAAGUGCAGCUUGACCAGCUGAAGCAGAAGGGAGCUGUUCGUAGGGCUUUGUUUUUGGACACCCAACAGGCCAGCCUGCAGAGGAAACUUAAGGUGCCCAAUGAAGCCAAGGUCUGCCAUGAGACUAAAAUCUACCUGAGGGACGAAAAGGAAUUUCGGGAUAAGCUCUCCUCCAUCUUUAUCGCCCUCAACUUCAGUCUGGAUGCACAGGCUCCCGCAGACAGACACGGCCUCUGGCCGAUCCUCAACUAUCAGACCACUGAGCUAAUAGAGCAGAAGGCCCAAAUUUUACUGGACUGUGGAGAAGACAAUAUCUGUGUCCCUGACCUGAAGCUUUCUGUAGAAGAUGGCAGGAAAGAAGUGUACAUAGGGGAUGAUAAUGCAAUAACCCUGACUUUCAAUGCGCGGAACGAUGGAGGUGGUGCCUAUGAAGCUGAGCUCUACGUAAUGCUGCCUUCAGAGGCAGACUACAGUGGAAUUGCCCGCAAUAAUGAGAGUCUGACUCAGCUGACAUGCAGCUAUGAAACAAAGAACCAGACACGCUACCUCAUCUGUGACCUGGGAAAUCCCAUGAAGUCUGGCACCAACCUGUGGGCAGGUCUGCGUUUCACUGUGCCUCGGCUGCAGAAUUCACAGAAGGUGGUACAAUUUGACCUGCAGAUUCGCAGUAAAAAUGAGAAUAACUCUGAGAGUGAGGUUGUCCCCUAUAGGCUAGAGGUGGUGGUCAAGGCUGAUGUUAUUUUACUGGGUGUGUCUCAACCAGAUAAGGUCUUCUUCCCACCUCCAAACUGGAAGGUGACCAAGAAUGUUGCAGUGGAGCAAGAAAUUGGGCCUCAUGUGGAGCACAUCUAUGAUUUGGUAAAUAAUGGUCCAAGCCGUAUUAGUCACACACUUCUUCAACUGAAAUGUCCCAUGAAGCUGCAUGACCAGAGGUUUAUGUACCCUUUGGAGAUCAUCACUAAGGGGCCUGUAAACUGCACAACAUACGAUAUUGUGAACCCCAUGAACAUAAAGCUUCAGCAGUCCACUCAGCAGCCUCCUUUAUUGAGCCACCACAUUGAGAAGCGUGAAACACACAGGGGAGAGCUGGCUGAGCUGACAAAUCUGUCCUGUGCCAGUGUUGAGUGCUGGACCCUGGAGUGUAAUGUGGGUGUAUUGGAGAAAGGUACCAGUGCCAUACUCCAGGUGCGUUCACGCAUCUGGGGAGAGACCUUCACCAUGAAAAAGUAUAAGAAUUUUAUUCUGGAGUGUGUAGCUAGUUACAAGGUGGAAAAGAUGCCCUAUGCCAUUUUGCCCAAGGAGAUUCCAAGUGGUUCUAAAAUGAUGACCACACCUGUGGUGUGGAAUAAACCAGAUAGUCCUUAUGAUGUGCCUUUGUGGAUCAUCAUUCUGGCAAUACUGGCUGGUCUUUUGUUGCUGGCUCUGCUUAUCUAUGUUCUGUAUAAACUUGGUUUCUUUAAGAGAACUCCCUAUGGCACUGCCAUGGAAAAAGCACAGCUGAAACCUCAGGCUGCAUCUGAAGCUUAAAGCAGGCCUGAGACUGUUCAGUAAGGAUGAAAGACCACUGGAUAUCCAUUGCACUGCACUGCACUGGACGGAAAGACCCCAAGGACUCAAAGCCAAAUGAAUGUUUUUUUUUUUUUUUUUUGCCUUUUUCUUUUUGUUGCCUUGUUUUGCUGUGGGUUUGGAUUGCAUUCACCAGUAUUAGCCUCACACUCAGUUGCAAUUUUAGAGCCUGGUUCUACGGACCGAAAGUCUCCUACUCAUUGUGAAGGACAAAUCUUAUUUUCCCUGCACAUAACUAUGCAGUGUUCACUGUUUCUAAUUUUUUUUUAAGUGUUUAACAUAUUUUGGUGCUAGAAACGACGUUUUCACAUUUUGCUCACUACUUUUUUAAAUGUCAACAGUAAUUAGAAGAUCCUGUUUUAGAAUUUGAGAUUUAGUACUAUAUUUUACACACAACCAGUGAUUUUAUACACAUUCUUUCCAGAGAAUAAGGUCAGACUAGCACAGUCUUUAUCACAACAAUCUUUACUUUCUUUUUAAUGUUCAAUUUAAAAACAAUUAUAUGUCUGUCAUUUUAGAAGGUAGGCUUGAAGAAUACUAACGGGUUUCAGAGGAAAGUUUUUUUUUUUUUUUUUUUUCCUCCUCCAUUCUCUUUCGUCCACCUCUGUAACCCAACGAACUCGGGUUGGUGUCUGUCUCAGGUGAUAAAGUUGAACAGCAGUGCUCAGAUCAGGUGUGCCACACUCAAAUGGGCUUGGAAGUCCACUGAGGAUUGUAUACUAAGUGCAACUGUUCCCUCCUGCUGACCUAAUUAACAAGAGUGUUGCCUUCUAGUCAUCUGUCAUCUGGGACAUGACUGGAUGCACAUCAAGCCUGUAAAACCUCAUGAAUUGCCUUGAAGCAGAGCUGUGCUUUGCCGAUAUAUAGGACAGACUUGUGCCCUAUGGCACACAUAGCAGGAAGUCCAAACAGUCAGUGAGGGCUCACUGUGUACACAGAGUCCUUCCCAUCUGUGCAAAGUACAGAAAACCCACUGUAUACAGUUGGAAUGGGUUUGUCUCAAAGUGUGUAAUAGUCAGUGCACCUGUCAAAUGAGUACUGUUAAGUGUCUAUAGAUCUUAAGGGAUAAGGUGAGUAAGCAAAAGACAAUCCCAGUCCAAGGCAGCAGUCUUAGCCAGGGACAGAAUGUGGAAGACACACCCUUUUAGUUUGUGUUUGUCUGUCUGGUGUAAGUAUGUGGAUGUGUGCAUACAAGUCUGUCUGGCUUUACUGAUGUGAGAGAAAGAGGGGUUUUCCUAGUUGCCCAGUUUCUUGUUGUAUUUCCAUUUUUGGCCAUCCUGAUAUUUAAUAGCAUAUUAAUGCUAAUGCAGAGCCUGGUGGCAAAGUGGACACUCAUGGACAGAGAUGCUGCAUUCAACUGCAUUAGACACUUAUUAACUGCAAGAAGGAAAGAGAAGGGGCAUAGGGAAUUUUUAGGAUCUGUAUGUAAAGUGCAAUACUGUUUUCUCCUUUUCAUCUUAUUGUAUUUUUUUUUUGUCUUUUGUUACUACACCAGUGUUUUCGUACAGACAACAACCUUGUUGGAGUUUGAGUGAUUAUGCAGGAGAGUUUAUGACAAUUAUUAUUUCAAUAAUCAAAUAUAUGAAAAUUCCCCAUGCAUUUUUUUUAAUCACAAAAUAGCUUUGUUUGAGCUGCCAAGGCUUUGUUUGAUAAUAGCAUCAGCUAUUUACUAUGAGCACCGCACUAUCAUCCUUUAACAGUUAGUGCUAUCCAAGAGAGAAAAAUGAAAAACUCUCAUAGAGUUAAAAUGCUGUGAUCUUUUAUGGUGUCUGUUGUUCCAAUGUUAUAUCUUGAUUGCAAAAAUGUAAUGAGUGUUUUUAAUUACACAUUGUUUAGAAACGCAACAGGCCUUGUUACAAAUUGAGACUCAGAAAUGAUGUCGUUUGCCUGUUCUCAAUGUUUUGCUCAGUUUCAGACAUUUGUUUAUACCUCCAAAAUUUAGAUUUUGUUUCUUUUUCCUUUUUUAAUUUUUUUUAUUUACAUUUCUGCAGCAGGAAGCACUGGUUAUAUUUUUGUCCCAUCCCAAACUUUUGUCCUACCCACAUCGUUUCUUUUUUGUUUUAUUAAGUUGUAAAUAUGAUUUGGCAAGGAGAUUUUUUUUUUUUAAACUAAAACUCUUAUCUGACAUAAAAUUACAUCACCCCAUAUUGGGGAUAAUUGGAGGGAUGUUAAAGUGAUUAAUUAUUUGUAUGGUAUUUUACAAUUUGCAUUUCAAAUAAAUCUUUCAAUUUUUA